UCUCAUCGAUAUUGGUACGUUUCACGCUUGCACCUAUAAGCCAUUAAAAAAAUGUUUUCCUUCCCGAAGGGAGCGUGCCAUUUUCUUUGCUUUUGUCCCUGUAACUAAAAUAUUUAAGGUAUAUCUCAAUAGAUGGCGUUCGCGUCAACUCCACGGAUGUUUAACAUCAGUACAUGAUGCCGUGACGUAAGGGGUGGACGUGCUGCGCAUCCUUCCACAAAUAUGGCUCAACCCUCAACCUCAGGCGGCAUAAAUCCUACAAAUUUCUACGGGGACAGUCUUCCACCGCGCCCUAGGUACAUGGAUUAUACCUGUAGAGAUGAGCCCCGCUCUGACUCAGAGUAUUCAGAUAUUGAGGAUGUGGAAGACAGUGGUGAUGAGUAUCUACUCACCCAAGAUGAUGAAGCGCAGUUCAGGCGAGAUUUGAUGCUUGACUUUCAAGAUGAAAAGGCAGUCGUUGCUGGCCGAUCAAGAAGAAGAACGCUACUUCCUUUGGACCCCGUUGCAUUACCUUCAGAUGCACCUGCAGCUAAUGGGACAACACAAGAAACACUUGCUCAUGUUGCCUAUGCUAAACAGAAUAAAGACACUAGUGAUCUUGACUGUGACACUCUUUCAAAUAAUAUCAGUGUUCAUGGACAUGGUAAUUCUUCAGACGUAACCGUCACCACACCUUCAGUAGCUCAUGUUUCUGAGGUGGAAAGGGAUGAGGAGGUAGAAGAUUACAGAAACUUGAAACACAAAAUUAAUUGGAAACAAUGUGAUCCUAAUGAGAAUAAUGAAAAAAAUAUUCCAGAGUUUAGGGGUUUUGUAUCAGGCAGAGAAAAUGCCUUGCAACCAAUAGAAUAUUUUAGGCAGUUUUUUGACAGAGAAUUACUGACACUAAUAUGUAAUGAGAGCAAUAGAUAUGCCUUGCAAUGUGACCCAAGCAAACCACUUUCUCUAACAGUACAAGAGCUAGAGGUAUUUCUAGGCAUUUGUAUCUACAUGAGUAUCGUCAAAAUGACCAGCCAUCGUAGAUACUGGACUUCUGAUGCACACCUUAGGGCUGUAAUAGACUACAUGUCCUGUGCCAGGUGGGAAAGAAUCAAGUCAUGCAUUCACUUUGCAGAUAAUUCACAGUGUCCUGCAAAAGGAACGCCAGAAUAUGACAAACUGUACAAAGUUAAGCCACUUUUGAACCACCUAAAGUCCAAGUACAAUAUGAUCCCUAUGGAUAAGAAUGUGUGCGUGGAUGAACAAAUGAUACCAUAUAAAGGAACAAGAGGUCCAAGAUAUUACAUCAAAGGAAAACCCAACCCUUGGGGUUUCAAAGUAUGGACUCUUGCUGGUAGCCAUGGUAUUGUACACAACUUUGAAGUAUGUGUUGGAGCAACUCCUAAGGUCGAUGGAUUCCCUGAUUUGAAAUCCAGUGCUAAUAUUGUGUGCAAAUUAGCAUCAAUCAUUCCCACCCACAAGAACUAUAGACUUUACAUGGAUAACCUGUUCUCAACAAUUCCCUUGUAUUUUGAGAUGUAUAAAAGGGGAAUACUAUGCAUGGGAACUGUUCGCACCAAUAGGCUUUCUGGAUUGAGAAUGAUACCUGACAAAGAUUUGAAAGCAAAAGGAAAGUCUGCUUUUGUAGAAUAUGAUGGAAAAGUAGAAACUUGUCCAGAGAGUGUAAGGGUUGUUCGGUGGAAUGACAGCAACCUGUGUACCAUCAUGUCUACCAUGGGAUCUGCUCAGCCAGUUGCAAAUAUACCUCGUUGGGAUAAAUCAGUAUCCACAACAGAAAAGUCUCCAGUAAACUGCCCUGCUCUCAUCAAGCACUAUAAUGAAAACAUGGGGGGAGUAGAUAAAAUGGAUGCCCUCAUUGGAUUUUACAGAAUGUUUUUCAGAUCUAAAAAGUGGUACCACAGAAUAUUCUUUCACUUUGCAGACCUUAGCAUUUGUAAUGCCUGGCUACUAUACAGAAGGGACAUCCAGGCUUUGGAUGCACGUGCAAAAUAUUUGAGCCUACAUGAUUUCAAAUUGGUAUUGUCUUCAUGUCUGAGGAUGCAAGACAAACCUUUAUCAGGAAAACGAAGAGGUCGGCCAUCAAGUGCAUCAGUCGAUGAAAGGCUGGUGGAAAAGAAACAAAAAGGCCACAACACAAAACCAAUACCACCAAAGCCAGUGAGAGAAGACCAGAUUGGACAUUUCCCAAUCAAUGUUCCUAAAAGAGGGAGAUGCAAAAAACCCAUCUUGCAGAUCAUCUCCUGUAACAUGGUGCCUAAAGUGCCAAGUAUACCUUUGCAGCACCAUCAGGCAGGUUACGCAGGCUUCCCCCCUCAGGCUGCCUCUCUCUCUGGCAACGUACUGCACAUUGCAUCUCAGACCAGUCCUUGCCUCAGAGCCCAGAGCAGACCCAGGGCUCUUGCCAAAACAGGGCUUGGGCUUAAGUAUUCCUCCCCUAUAGAUCAGCCCAUGGACAAAUCUGAACAAUCUGGCUGCCAGUGCUUCUAA